AUGGCGGCAGACGACUUUGUCAUGACUAUCGACUCGGACGACGAGACCGGCCCAAGCGAGCUCUCGAAGACCAAGGACAUCGCCGAGGAGGCUCAGCUUAACCUAGACUUUGUCUUUGAUCUCUCGGGGGACCCAUACAACGAAUUCUUGAGCGAGUCUAACAUUCAGGACUACAUCAAGAAGGGAACCAAGUCUGAGCCCAUUUCUGUUGACGACAUUAUCGAACGACGGAGACAGCACAGAUUCACGGGCAAGCGGAAACGGGAUUCUGAUGAUGAAGGGGACGAAAGCGAGGAAGGACCUGCGGAUAACGACAGUGAGGGCGAGGGCGAGGAUGAUGAGGGGAGCGAAGGGGAGAUGAUGGGCCUGGAGGGUGAGGAGGAGGAGGAGGAGGAGAAGGAUCCUCUGGCUACCAGCGACGAGGAAGACAUGAAGGGAAAGGGAGGAAGCGAUGAGGAGAACGAGGAACCAGCGUCAGACAAGGAAUCCUCUGACGAGGACUCAGAGAAGGAGACACAAGCAGAGAAGGACCGCAAGACUGCGUUCUUCGCGUCGGACGCGGGACCAGUCGAACAGCACUCGUCCUUCAUGUCGAUGAACCUCUCGAGACCUGUACUAAAAGCCAUCGCCUCCCUCAACUUCACCAAGCCGACACCCAUCCAGGCCGCCACUAUCCCAGUUGCCCUGCUCGGCAAGGACAUUGUCGGCAAUGCCGUUACGGGUUCUGGAAAAACCGCCGCGUUCAUGAUCCCUAUGAUUGAACGCCUUAUGUACCGCGAACGCGGGAAGAAGGCGGCUGCUACCCGCUGCAUGGUUUUGGUCCCGACUCGUGAGCUCGGUGUGCAGUGUUAUGAAGUCGGAACGAAGCUCGCUGCUCACACUGACAUCAGGUUCUGCCUCGUAGUCGGUGGCCUGUCUUUGAAAUCUCAGGAGGUGGCUCUUCGCACGCGGCCAGAUAUCAUCAUCGCGACUCCCGGCCGUCUCAUUGACCACAUUCGCAACACACCUACGUUCACUCUCGACACUCUCGACAUCCUUGUUCUGGACGAGGCGGACCGUAUGCUCUCCGAAGGGUUCCAAGAUGAGCUUGCAGAGAUCAUCAAGUCUUGUCCAGUUUCUCGCCAGACCAUGCUCUUCUCUGCUACUAUGACCGACUCGGUAGAUGAGCUCGUGCGAAUGUCGCUUAACCAACCAGUGCGGCUCUUUGUCGAUCCGAAACGCACGACCGCUCGAGGACUGCUGCAAGAGUUCGUUCGGGUACGCGCCAGUAAGGAAGACGAACGGUCGGCUCUGCUUGUCUCUUUGUGCAAGCGGACGUUCAAGGGCGGAGUCCUCAUUUUCUUCCGGAGCAAGAAGCUUGCGCACCAGAUGCGUAUAGUUUUUGGAUUACUGGGCAUGAAAGCGAGUGAGCUGCAUGGUGACUUGACGCAAGAACAGCGUCUACAAGCUCUGCAGGCAUUCCGUGAAGGCUCCGUCGACUACCUGAUGGCGACCGACCUCGCGUCUCGCGGUCUCGAUAUCAAGGGUAUCGAUACUGUCAUAAACUACGACAUGCCUGGUCAAGUCGCACAGUACUUACACCGCGUCGGUCGUACGGCGCGUGCAGGCAAGAAGGGUCGUUCCGUCACUCUCGUCGGCGAAGCCGACCGCAAGAUACUCAAGGCUGCCAUCAAGCACGCGUCGGGUGAGGACCAGGUCCGCCACCGACAUGUGCCGCCCGAGGCCGUCCAAAAGUGGUCCAAGAAGCUCGGGGAGCUCAAGGACGAAAUCGCAGGCGUCCUCCAGGAGGAGAAAGAGGAGAAGCAGCUACGUCAAGCGGAGAUGGAGCUCAGGAAGGGCCAGAACCUUAUCGAGCACGAGGAGGAGAUCAAGUCACGUCCGGCGAGGACAUGGUUCCAAAGCGAAAAGGAGAAGCAGAAGUCCAAGGAGGUCAGCAAGGAGAGUUACGAAGCGGGUUUUGCUGCCGCGGCCGCCGGCAAGAAGGGGAAGAAGGCGGAAAAGGAGGAAAAUAAGCCCAAGCGCGACAAGUACUCCGGCCUCUCGCGGCGGGAGAAGAGGCGCAAGAUGGCGAUGGAGGAGGACACGCAAGAGACGGCUGCGAUCAGGGCUGCGAUCCGCUCGGCCAAGAAAACGCAGCGACCCGCCAAGAUCGGCGAGAAGCAGUCGCAGCUGUCGUCCGCGAAGCAAAGGUCUCGGGACAAGGCUCGCAAGAAGCCGAAGGUCACGGCGGGCAAGGGCAGCGCGUUCGACAAGGACUUCGGGCAGCGGCCGCGGGCUUCUGGGGCUGCCAGCGGCGCCGCGAGCAAGAAGGGCGUCCGGGCAAAGAAAGGCGAUAAGAUUGGCGGGAUGGGCAGGCAGGGUGGCAAGCGGAAAGGGAAGUAG